CCCGCCCCCAAGCUGGUUGCUUUUAGCUCACGGGGCUUGGGCUACGACUUGCAAGAGUUUAGGGGGCAACGAACAGAGUGGCCCUACGGGUACCCACGCCCGACAGCCGCCUGAACGCCUAGGACUCCAGGCAGGGAUGCAGCUGGGGGUCUAGGGAAGCACAUCUACCCCCUCCUCUCCUCAGCCCUGACAGGGUGGUUUCCCAGCCCCCUCAAGACAUUCAUGGAUGGAUGAGAGGAGCUGACACUGACCUCCCUCUCUGUGACCACCUUCUCUUCGGCCAUGGAGGAAGCCUUGCUGCCCCUGGCCAUGACCUCUGACCCCAGGCCCUUUAAUCAACAACUCCCAGAGCCUCCAGACCCAAGAUGUGUCUUGGAACCCCAGGACAAUCCUGAAUUGGCACCCGCCCUGGUGUGUGCUCUUUGCUGCUGCUUUGGAAUCAUCUACUGCUGCUUCGGCUACCGCUGCUUCAAGGCAGUGAUGUUUCUCUCCGGCCUGCUAUCAGGAGCCCUGGUGAUCUUCCUGCUGUGCCACAAGGAGCGUGUGCUAGAGACACAGCUGAGCCUGGAGGUGAGCGCGGGCAUUGCGCUAGGCAUCGGACUCCUCUGCGGCCUAGUCACCAUGCUGGUUCGCAGUGUCGGUCUCUUCCUGACUGGUCUCCUGCUAGGCCUAACCCUGGGCGCCGGGGUCCUGCUGGGCACUGAGCCCAUCUACCAACCACCUUCAGCCUGGGUGCCGGCCGGGGGGCUGGUGGGGCUGGCACUGCUGGGAGCCCUGCUCACACUUCGGUGGCCACGUCCAUUCACAGUUCUGGGCACAGCCCUGCUGGGUGCUGCGGUGCUGGUGGCCUGUGCUGACUACUUCCUGGAGGGGCUGGCACUGGGCAGUCGGCUGGGCCAGCGCUUGCAGGCACUUCCAGCCUUGCCUCCUCUCUGCUGGUAUAGCUGGGUCUUGCUGGGGACCUGGCCAGCCCUGGGGGCCCUUGGGGCCCUGGCCCAGUGGAAGCUCAUGGAUGAGGAACGUGGAGGCCACACCAAUGCAGUGGUCUUGAGCCACCAGCGAAGGCAUCUGCAACUCCUUCGGAUCCGUCAGCAAGAGGCUAAGUGGCACCAGACCUCCCCUGGGGUGGGGCUCUGUGAGGGCAGCUACCGGCGCCCGCUCCACCCCAGCGCCCGGAGCCCUGCUGACAGUCUGGCUCCAAGCUAUCUCCAGAGCCUUCGAGAGCGCCAGCUGGGACCAGGCACCCAGGCCACAGCUCCCCACACUGUCCUGGACCUGGAUUCUGACUGUGGUUCCACUGUACCCCUCACCACACCUUCUGGUUCCACCCGGACCUGAGCCUAAACCUCCACUGAUGCCCUCACCCCUAGCAAGGGCCUGGGAACACUAGGUGGGCAGGGCCUGGGCCCACAGGAUCCAACACAAACUUCCCCACCUCUUGGGGAUGGAAUCUGUGCUCCAACCCAGAGCAGCCCUGUAGGGAUAUGUUUUAGGUACAGAUAGAGAAGAAUCUUGUAGGGAAGGGAGACGAAUGGAAAUAUGAGUACAUACCUCUGUCCAAUAAUAGAGGUGCUCUGGUCCCUAAAGUAACUGACUCCCUAAUUCCCUCCAAACCAAACCAAGGAGGACCGUUACCCAGAUAGCCUUCUAUAUACCCGCCUCAGUUUGCCUCACAAUGGUAAAAUAAGGGGUUUCGUUUUUGUAGGACCUAAAGAAAAUCAGGAAGCCUCCUAAAGCACUUGAUAGCUUUUUGAUGGGGAGAAGGGCAACAGAGGAGCUUAAGGGUCCCUAAUCCCCAGGUCCCUCAUUAGGGGGCAGUUGGGUUCCUGGUUAGCCUUUCCCUCUGGACCCCGUAGGCUCAAGCCCCCUUCUCCUACCUCAGUUGGGGGUACUGUCCUCCAUGGUGCUUCCCUUUCCCUUCUUCUUAAUGUGGGGAAGACCACAGGGCAGUGCCUGGCUCAGCACCCCCCUUCUCCCAAAGCUGGCUUCUUGCUCCAAGGAGAGAGCAUUGGCCCACAUGCCAGAGUCUUGCCCUUUUGCCCAAAGGAGCCUGGUCUUCAGGGCUGCGUGGAAGACAAGUGCCUUCUCUGCCUCUCAUCAUAGGUGACACUAAUCUCCUUAACCAGAACAUUGUCCCAGCCACUAACCCAUUCUAACUCUCCACUACCCCUGAUUCUCCUGCCCAAAGUCUGUACCCUGGUUCCCCAGACAGCAUGAAGGAAGAUAUGUCCCUGCCCCGGGGAAGCAGGGUUAUGAUGGGAGGGAGGAAGAACACGGGAGCAUGUGAAUAAAAUGGCAUUGAACAUUGAAUCAGGGAGUCCAGCCUCUACUGUUGCUGCUCUUUUCUUUCUUUGCACCCCAGAACAAAGGGUUAGCCAUACUGACAAGUCCUCUGUCCCUUAAAGAUCUGAUGAGGGUACCUUUAUCAGACUGGACUACCGUAGGAGCUGCACACGCACAGCCAGAGGAAGAGUUGUUCACUGCUCUCUCAUGAAGUUAACCUUUAUCAAGCACAAAUGCUCCAGGCACUUCACAUAUAGUAUUUCAUUUAAUGCAACAACCCUGCAGGAUUGGUAUUAACCUUAUUUUGCAGACGGGAAAUCCAAGGCUUAACGAGGUUAAUUAACUUGCCC